CUGUUACUUAAGCACAGUUACACGUUCUUCCAAGCUGUUCAGUAUUCUUCCUCGUCUGACGCGAACGCUAGCAGUUUUUAAUGCAUGGAAAAAGUGUAUUGAGACCGUUCGCCGUUGCGUGAUUCGGUAAUCAAAACAUUGUGUAGGUUUCUUUAACAGGGCCACAAAGCCGGAAAGGGAACUAUUUCAGUGAUUUUGAAUAGUGAUGUUUUUCAACUCACCUAUAGUUCCCGAAACAUUUGCAUUAACCAUGCAAUAAACUGAACAUCUGACCUGGAAUUCUAGAGCCUUUUUCGUUGGCCAAUCGUUAUGAGUUGUCACCGUUCAGUAGACCGAGCGAGAACGUUUCAGUUCACCACAGCGGACGCGGCAUCGAUGCCGUUGACGCAACAAUUUUCUUUUAGAAAAAAAUCCGACGUGAUGAUAGUUCCAUCACUACAAGCCGUCAAACGGACGGCCCCCAACGCUCGCUAUUUCGACAGUAUUAAAACCCUUUUCCGAUGGAAAGGAAGUAUAUACAGAUUAGUGUGGAGACAUUUUCUGUUGUAUUACAUCCUUUACGUGGCAUUGUCGCUCAUUUACGAGUUUGCUUUGAACAACAACGGGAAAAGACAUUUUGAAGCGGUGACUCGGUAUUUUUCUAAAAGCGCUUCUACGCUCAAUUUGAUGAUUAUGUUGGGAUUCUUCACAUCCACAACGCUACAGCGCCUGUUCACAAUGCAGACGGCCGUGCCCGGUACUGCGAAAACAAUUUCUACCUUCCUUAUGUCGUUGAAAACGGACCUUCCGGAAGGUUCCAUCAUCGUAUUCCAAUACGCCCGUUGGGCAGUGCUCAGCUGGAUAUUGGCCCUCCGGAGCGUUUGCAAACCGCUCCGCAAGAAGUAUCCGGACAUGAUUUCCCUCCAAAGAAAAGGACUCCUUCGACCGUUUGAACGACUGAUUCUCGAACGGGCUGAAACAGAUGGAGAACUCACUCCACGUCCUUUGAUCGUCAUUGAUUGGAUGCUGUUGUUGCUGAAGGAAUGUUUAACGUACGGUCGCUACAACAACAAGUCGAGCCAUCAUAAAAAUGUAGAAAUGUUGAUGGCAUUUAAAAAGAGCUGCGGGAACAUGAUCAAAUUCGCCACCAAAAAUAUGCCCCAUGCCGUCAUCCAGGCUGUUAUACUAGCCGUCUAUUAUUUUGGGUUAGUCACCAUGUUGGCACGUGAUUUAUCGUCGCCAUUACCGAUACCCUAUCAAAGUCAGCAAGCCGGAAAACCUGAUGCACAAGGUGAAAGUUUUAACGAAAACUCUGCAGACGAAAUUCUCACGUACAAGGACACUAGCCGUCCCGAUCAGGACGUCAUCGUAAGGGCCAUCAUUUCGUACGCCCCAAUCAUGCCACUGAUGCAGUUUUUCAUCUUCUUUGCGUGGCUGACAUUCGGCCGGAUGGCUGUUAACCCUUUUGGCGAGGACGAAACCGACAUCGACAUCGAACAACUUCUUCAAGCUCACAUUGAUGACUAUAGACGAUUAGGCACUUUGUAUUCCCUCAAAUUGGAAAACUUGUUUCCUGAUUUACCACAAAAGCGAUUCUUCGACGUGGCUGAACCACCGAAAGAUAAUGACGGCCAAGCAUCUAAGGCUGAAGAGAUUCCAGAAACUAAACCUCCAGUUUUAUACAAAAUGGCUUCGUCACCUGAAAUCGGUUCGUUUUCCGUCCUGGGCUCUACAGCAAAAGACGAAAGGAAACGCAAAGAGACUGCCCUUCUGAUGCCUAAUAGAGAUGCUACUUGCAUUACAAUCGAUGAUACCGAUUAUGUUCAAGCACGAAAUAACUCUAUGUGGUAAUAGAGGGAAUACUUAGCCAUACAGUUAGCAACUGUUGAUUCUCAAUCUGUUUGUAAUUGUUUAAUGAAUUUAGUGUUUCAAUUC